CAGGAGUGGUAGUGUUUUGUUACCUAUUCUCACUGGCAAAUGAGAGAGGUUUCCUUCUUCCUGUCUGUGCAAAAGAAGGUUUCACAAGAUAUUGAGUCACUCUCAUAGCUAAACCCCCCCCCACCCACCUCCUUUUUACUUGAAAAAAACCACACUUCAAACAACAUUAAAACAGGCGAGGCAGGACAGAGGGCUGUUGAAGUCAGAAAAGCGUAAACCGAGCGUUAAAAUGUACGGAGCCCCCAGUGCAAAGGAUCUGAUUUUUCCCUCAUCUGUGUCGGACCUUGGCUUGCAUGUCUUCCGAAUUGAGAAGAUGAAGCUGAUACCAGUAUCCACUGAAAGCCAUGGAGUUUUUCAUUCUGGGGACACCUACCUUCUGAUAUACAACUCUCCUGAGGAUCACAAUAUUUAUGUUUGGAAUGGGAGUGAUACCUCUGUGGAUGAGAAAGUAGCGGGCGCCAUUUAUAGUUCACAGCUGCACUUGCACAUGGGAGAAAAACCUACUCAAAAUCGUGAAACUCAAGCGAAUGAAAGCUCAGAAUUUAUGGCACUUUUUCCUCGUGGCAUAACUUAUCUGGAUGGAGGGGUGUCAUCAGGUCUUCAGCAAGCUUCUAAGAAUCCAGAUAUUCCAACCAACCACUUGUACCAUGUGAAGGGAAGAAAACAUAUUCGGGCUGUGGAGACAGAGUUGAAAUGGGACAGUUUCAACAAGGGGGACUGUUUCAUCUUGGAUGCAGGAAAGAUUAUUUAUGUAUGGUCAGGGUCACAGUCAAAUAUGCUGGAGAGAAACCGAGCACGUGACUUAGCCUAUCAGAUUAGAGACACCGAAAGACGUGGUGCUGCAAAGGUAGAGAUUAUACAAGAAGGGGAGGAGCCAGAAGAAAUGAUACAGAUUUUAGGUAACCGUCCAGAGUUUAUAAAAGAAGGGAGUCCAGAGGAUGACAAGGAAGCGGAUGAGAAACACACAAGAGGAGCAGUGCUCUAUCAGGUCUCCAAUGCCAGUGGGAAAAUGCAGGUAACUCGUGUGGGUGAAGGAGGCACCUUUCAAAAGCAGCAAUUGAUCUCAGAUGACUGCUUUAUCUUGGACUGUGCUGGCAAAAUCUUUGUGUGGAAAGGUAAAAAAGCCAAUAAGGAGGAACGGGAAAGCUCUCUGGAAAUUGCAAAUGAGUUUCUGUCUCUUAUGAAAUAUUCUCUCAAAACCCAGGUUCAGGUCAUCUCUGAAGGUAAUGAAUCACCCCUAUUUAAACAAUUCUUCUCCAACUGGAUUUAAAUAAGCAUUGAAAAAAGAACGUCACAUGGAUCUGUAAUACAAGUUUUUUUUUUUUUUUUUAACUUUUGGUUACCUCGAAGGAUAUAAUAUGCACGAGCAAUGGCUCAGAUUCCACCUAUUAUAUCUGGGAUUUUCAUUAUAGAUUUUUUUUUUUUAAUUAAGAAUAAAAUAUGUUUAAUUCA